CCUCUAGAGCGCGUUCUGGGCGCCGCUCCUCCCCGCUGCCUGGCGCGCCGCCGCAGGAGCCUCGGAGAGAGCAAAGACCCGCCUCGCCGCCUCCCUGCCCUGCCCACGCCCAGCGCCGAUCGAGGAAGUUGCGACCGCCGCUAAGUCCGGAGCCUGGAGAAGGAGGAACCCCUUACCCUCGCCGGUUAGCAGCAGAUGCGCUUUUACGCGUGCGAGGAGAAGGGCAGGGGGCUGCUUUCCCCAGGAUAGCAGAAAAACAACUCUCUUCCAAGCUACAUAACGAGGAUUUCCCAAGUCUCCAAGCUGGACACUCGCCUUUGAGUUUCGACAACUUCAUUUUUGGAUAUUAAAUGUAUCAGAAAGUAGAUUUCUCGAAACGCCCGAGCAGCAGCCCAAAAUGUACUGGUGCGUGGGAACAGAGGACUCUGAGGACGACAGCAAGAGAGACAUGGCGGCACAAGACGAUCCCAUGGGCAUGGGGGCCAGACAGUCCUCCACUGGAGGUCUUUCCAUCGGCCAGGGUCCAGCAACAGAGACUGUGGAGGGCGCUUACAGAAGUGGAGAAUUUGGUAGAGCCCAGGAGCUGAUUAAAGCAGCGUGUCAGGAGAAUAUCUCAGCAGUGGAGAAGGGCCUCCUCUUGAGUCUUUCCACUGCCUACGGGGACCUUGAGACUGUGAGGUAUUUGCUGAAAGAAGCAUGCGUGGCUUUGCCCCUGGAACCCAACGACGAUAACCCAGCUGUUGUGGCAGCAUAUUUCGGGCAUACAGACGUUGCUAAAGAACUGCUGGAUUCUUUUCAUGGUCCUGCAAACAUGUUGCAGCUCCUGAACUGGAUGCUGGCCAUUGCUUGCCAGCAGGGCCACCUGGACAUAGCCAAGCUCUUAGUGCUGACAUACAAAGCAGACCCCGACAGCUAUGCCUUGAGAAAGAAUGAGUUUGCAGCUCUGACACGAUUGCCACUCUAUGCAGCUAUGAAAGCAGGACAUGAAAAGGUUGCUGCCUUCUUGCUUGAGAAUGGAUCCUUCUUUUCUUCCUACAUCCUGGUGGACUGCCCCAGCACAAGCAAACAAGUUCUUCGUAAAUACUUUGUAGAAACAAUCAAGUUACCUGGGAAUGCCCCAGCAAAGACAGCUCUUUCUGUGAACUGGUCGAACCUUGGGCUUCCUUGGGUGGAUCUCGAAUGGUUGAUAGACAUUUCCCACCAGAUAACUGAGCUGGACCUCUCUGCCAAUUGCUUGACCUCCCUCCCUUCUAUUAUCCCUUGGGGACUGAUAAACCUCCAGAAACUAAACCUUGCUGAGAACCGGUUAAACCAACUUCCUGAUGUCCAUUCUUCAGAUGGAAUCAUCUGCACAAAGUUGCUUGAGAUCGACAUUUCCAGCAACAGGUUCCUUAUUCUUCCUUCUGGAUUCCUGCACCUUUCCAGACUCCAAAGGCUUGUGGCUUCCAAAAAUUAUCUCGAAAAGUUAUUAGAUGCGGAGAAUGCAGUUAACUGGAUUGGAUUAAGGAAGCUGCAGGAGCUGGACAUCUCUGACAAUAAGUUGUCGGAGCUGCCCACUCUCUUUCUCCACUGUUUGAAAUCCUUGAAUGUCCUGAAUGCAUCCAGGAAUAACCUGAAAGUGUUUCCUCAGCCAUGGGCCUGUCCCUUGAAAUGCUGCAAAGCCUCUAGAAAUGCAAUCGAAUUCCUCCCGGAUACUUUGGCUGUUUUCUGGAAAAAUCAUCUCAGGGAAAUGGAUUUUUCUGAUAAUUCCCUGAAAGAAGUUCCCCAGUGUCUCUUCCAGCUCGAAGCAAUGGUGUCCUUGAAACUCUCAGGAAACCGCUUAGUCACAUUACCUUCUCAGGAGAAGUGGACUUGCAAGCAGCUGAAGUCGCUUGAUCUCUCGAGGAACCAGCUUGGAAAAGCUGGCGAAGGGUGCAGAACUAAGCGGAUUUCAUUUUUCACUACAAGGAGCAGAGCACGUUCUGGCACCGAUUCGGGUUCCAACUUGGAGUUUCCUGAAUUCCUGUGCGAGUCCCUGGAAGUCUUGUGUCUCAAUGACAACCAUCUAGACUCCGUCCCGCAGUCAGUCUGCCUUCUGAAAGGCUUAUCGGAGCUUUACUUGGGAAAUAACACCGGCAUACAAGAACUUCCUCCUGAACUUGGCCAACUGGUUAAUCUUUGGCAGCUGGAUAUUGAAGAGCUAAAUAUUGGCAACCUCCCUGCAGAGAUCAGAAAAGAGGGCCCCAAGACCAUUUUAGCUUACUUGCGAGCCCAGCUACGCAAAGCAGAGAAAUGCAACCUGAUGAAAAUGAUUGUGGUGGGUCCUCCGCGCCAGGGCAAGUCCACACUGAUUGAGAUCCUGCAGACGGGGAAAGCUUCUCAUUCGAUGCCCAGUGACGGCACCAUCCAGACCACAAAGUGGGAGCUUCAGAGACCGGCUGGACUCAAAUCAAAGGUUGAUUCAGUUGAGUUUAACGUCUGGGAUAUUGGAGGCCCUGCCAGUAUGUCGACAGUCAAUCAGUGUUUCUUCACAGAUAAGGCAUUGUAUGUCGUCGUCUGGAACUUGGCACUGGGGGAAGAAGCUGUUGAAAAUCUUCAGUUCUGGUUGCUAAAUAUUGAGGCCAAGGCUCCAAAUUCAGUUGUGCUGGUAGUGGGGACACACCUUGACUUGAUCGAAACUAAAUUCCGCGUUGAACGGAUCGCCACCCUGAGAGCAUAUGUCCUGGCUCUCUGUCGAUCUCCUUCUGGCCCGAGAGCCACUGGCUUCCCGGACAUCACAAUGAAACACUUACAUGAGCUCUCCUGCAGGACUCUGGAAGGCCUGGAUGGGCUGCGCCAGCUGAUCUACACCAUCACUUGCCAUAUGAAGGACGUUGGGAGUUCUAUUUGCUCACAGAGACUCGUCGGGAGAUUGAUCCCAAGGAGUUACUUGAGCCUCCAAGGAUCCAUCAUAGCUGAACAACUGAACAGAAGUCAAAACGACAACGUACAGUAUCUAACAGACAAGGAAAUAGAGCAAAUCGUAGAGAACACUCGAGGCAAUGACAUCAAAGACUAUGAGGACUUGCAAUCUGCAAUCAAUUUCCUGAUCGAAACAGGGACACUUCUUCACUUCCCAGACACGAGCCACGGAUUGAGAAACCUUUAUUUCCUCGACCCAGUUUGGCUGUCAGAGUGCCUGCAAAGGAUCUUCAACAUCAAAAGCUCAAAGUCGGUUGCGAAGAACGGUGUGAUCAAAGCGGAGGACCUCCGGAUGCUGCUGGUCGGGACGGGGUUCACCACACAGACGGAGGAACAGUAUUUCCAGUUCCUUGCCAAAUUUGAAAUUGCACUGCCGGUAGCCAACAACAGUUACCUCCUUCCCCACCUGCUUCCUGCCAAGCCAGCCCUCGAUAUCCAUGGCUUCCGCCAUCAGACAACUAACACCAUCCAAAGGGUGUUCAAGAUGAGUUUUGUUCCCGUUGGCUUUUGGCAGAGGUUCAUAGCCCGGAUGCUCAUAAGUCUGGCAGAGAUGGACCUCCAGUUCGUUGAAAACAAGAAGACGGGCAAGAGCAGGAAUAAAAGAGCCGCUGUCUACAGCUUCACAGGCACACAGCGCAACAGAUGCAGCACUUUCAGGGUGAAAAGGAACCACACCAUUUACUGGCAAGAAGGGCUGUUUGUCACCUUUGAUGGAGGCUACCUGAGUGUUGAGUCUUCCAACGUAAACUGGAAGAAGAAGAAAAGCGGCGGCAUUAAAAUCAUCUGCCAGUCAGACAUGAGAGAUUUCUCAGCAAUGGCUUUCAUCACCGAUCAUGUCAAUUCUCUAAUAGACCAAUGGUUUCCAGCACUCACAGCCACAGAGAGUGAUGGGACUCUGUUAAUGGAGCAAUAUGUCCCUUGCCCAGUCUGUUCCACCCCUAAAAGUCAAGAAGGAAAAGGCAGCCAGGAAACGGAAGACAUGCAAUACUUCAACAUGGAGGAUUGUGUCCUAACCGCCAUUGAGCUGGACAGCAUCACCUGUGUUCACCACCCGGCCAUACCUGUCCCUUUACAGGAGCUGGUCCCUGAGCUUUUCAUGACAGAUUUCCCUGCCAGAUUGUUUCUAGAAAACAGAAAGCUAGAAUACACUGAAAAUGAAAACAAUGUUCUUGGCCAAGGAGGAAGCGGAACGGUUAUAUAUCAGGCACGGUACGAAGGGAAGCCAGUGGCCGUGAAGCGAUUUCAGAUUAAAAAAUGCAAGAGUUCUGCUGGUUCGGCUACAGACUCCAUGUUGAGGCACCUGCAGGCCAUGGAUGCCAUGAAGAACUUCUCCGAGUUCCGCCAGGAAGCCAGCAUGCUCCACUCACUGCAGCACCCAUGCGUCGUCUCCUUGAUUGGGAUUAGCAUUCACCCGCUCUGCUUCGCCUUAGAGCUGGCUCCUUUGGGCAGCCUCACCACUGUGUUGUCAGAAAGCUCUAAAGGGGCAUCCUUUGUGCCACUAGGGCACAUGUUGACCCUAAAAGUAGCCUAUCAGAUAGCAGCAGGCCUGGCCUACCUCCACAAGAAGAGCAUCAUUUUCUGUGACCUGAAGUCAGACAACAUUCUAGUGUGGUCUCUAGACGUGAAGGAAAGCAUCAAUAUCAAACUAUCCGACUAUGGGAUAUCUCGACAGUCCUUUCACGAAGGCGCUCUGGGAGUGGAGGGCACACCUGGGUACCAGGCCCCCGAGAUACGACCUCGGAUCGUCUAUGAUGAAAAGGUGGACAUGUUUUCCUAUGGAAUGGUGCUCUAUGAGGUGUUGUCUGGGCAGCGGCCUGUGCUUGGCCAGCACCAGCUUCAAAUUGCUAAGAAGCUAUCCAAGGGGAUCCGGCCUGUCCUGGGCCAGCCCGAAGAAGUACAGUUCCAUCAAAUGCAGGCGUUGAUGAUGGAAUGUUGGGACACUAAGCCAGAAAAGCGCCCAUUGGCCACCUCUGUGAUAGGACGAAUGAAAGAACCUUCUUUUGCUACAUUCAUGUAUCUGCUGCCAUGUGGGAAGCAGUUGUCCUUCUUCUCUUCCCAAGGGGAAGAGUGCACAGUCGUAUUCUGGGAUGGGAAAGAAGACGCAAGGAACUACACGGUAGUUAACGUAGAGAAAGGACUGGUCGAAGUUGCAAGGAUGAGCUGCCCGGGAAUGAAGCUGUGCUGCCAAAUGAAAGUUCAGAGUUAUCUAUGGACAGCCACCGAGGAUCAAAAGAUUUACGUGUACAGCUUACAAGGCAUGUGUCCUUUAAAGGUUCCACAAAAGGGUGUGGACACUCCAGCAGUUGUUACUUGUUUCCUUGCAGUACCUGUCAUAAAAAAGAAUGCCUACCUUGUCCUGGCUGGUUUAUCAGACGGACUGAUAGCUGUUUUCCAAGCACCGCACGGUAUCCCCGAGGACGGCUGCUGCUACCUCUGCUCCCACACGGCCAACCGCUCCACCUUCAAGAUCAGCGACGACGACCCCCGCCAGAACCCUUACCCCGUGAAAGCGAUGGAGACGGCAAACAACGGGGCCGAAGUUUGGUACAGCAACGGCCCUGGGAUCCUCAUCAUAGACUGUGCAAGUAUGGAGAUCGCCAGGAGGCUGGAGCCCUACGAACCUCCGUCCACAGUUGUGUCCAUUGUGUGCAGCUCAGAGUGCAACGGAGAGGAAGUGGCCUGGUGCCUGGACGACGCAACCAAUCUCCUGGUUAUGUAUUACACGGCCACUUACCAGCUGUGCGCAAGGUACUUCUGCGGGGACUGCAGCCCCCUGAGGGACAUGUUCACCAUUCAGCAGCCCUCGGCCUUGAUCCCCGCCGAGCUGGCUACAGACAGGAGCCUGGAGCCCGGGAGCAAUGCUUCUGCUGAUGUGGGGAUCCUCCGCAGCCAAGAGCUUGGCAUCCAGAUAUUAAACCACCAGGACUCCUUGACGGACUAUUGCUCUGUGUCCUCUGUCUCCUCCUCAUCGGUCAACCGCUUGAUGAGGUCUGCCUCAAGCAUGCCGAGCUCCCCUGCAAGCUAUUCCAGCACUCCUUUCUCGACAGACUGUGAGGAGCCCGACAAGACGCAGGAGCCUAAGACUCCCUGCGAGGGGCCUGACAGUGAUUUGGAACCAGCCAGCACUCACGCUGGCUGCCUCCAGGCUGUAAGGAUUCUACCUGUGAAAGACCUCCUCUGGAUUCCCAGGCAAGGCGGAGAUAUCAUUGUGAUCAGCUUGGAGAAGGAAGCCAUCUCUCAGCGGGGGAGAGUCAUAGCGGUUCUGAAGGCGGCAGAGCUGGCCCCUUAUGGGACACUGGUAGAUGCUGCUGUGCUGACCAAGGACACGGUUGUGUGCUGCUUCAAGAAUGAGGCCACAGAGUGGUGUUUGGCCGCCUGGAAGAGCUGGGGUGCCAAAGACUUUGACAUUUUCUAUCGGUCCUAUGAAGAGCUGGGAAGGCUGGAGGCUUGCAUGCGAAAGAGGAGGUAGCAGUUGUGGCGCAGAGGCAGAGACUGGAUGCCCGGCGAACAACACAAAAACUGACACACAGUUUCAGUUCCCAGCAAUCUCCAUAUGAGGAUCUCCAAGGACACUAGAUGUUUGCUGUUCAAUUUUGCUGCUAAAAGACAUUCUAGGUGGCUACUAGCCGUGAUGGUGAUGCUGUACCUCCAUAGUCAGAGGCAGUACGUCUCUGAAUACCAGUUGCUGGAAACCUCAGGAGGGGAGAGUGCUGUUGUGCUCAUGCUUGGGGGCUUCUCCUAAGCAUCUGGUUGGCCACUGUGGAAACAGGAUGCUGCACUAGAUGGGCCAUUGGCCUGAUCCAGCAGGGUUCUUUUUAUGCACUUAGGUGGUUCCCCACCCCACAUUGCACGUUGUCUAUUAUGCAUAUGGAUUUUCAGCUAGCUAAGCAAUAGUCAAUGGGAAGACCACUCCCGCCCUUAAUCUAUUCACGCACGCACGUGGAUAUGGGCAGCAGCACUUCUUCAAGGUCAAAGUAGUGCUGUUGGUUUUGCAGUGCAUCGCUGACCCCGUAGUUAGCAAGCUUUGUCUUCCGAAACACAGAGAGUGACCCCCAAAGUCACACAUCAGCUUUCUAAUUCCAUAGCAAUUAUAAGGCACGGAAUCACUGCCAAGAGAACACUGCUGUAGAUGGAGGUAGCUUCUUCAUAAAAUUAUCCAGAGGUUUUUGUCUGAGCAGCAGUACGGGGAGAGAAAGAGAGAUGAAUACAGAAUCCCACUUUUGAUACCGUUUGCAAGCUUCAGGAUGGACAUACUACUUUGUUUCUAAUCCGUGCAUGUUCUGUAACUGCCUGCUGUAAUUUUUCAAGUCACCAAUGUUCCUGGGGGUGGGUAGGGAAGUGGUGUCUAGCUUUCGUUGAUAGCAAAAGAGUGCCCCGGUAGAUGGCAAUAAUAACCAUCACAGAACAACAGAUAAAGCAGAAUGAUGUGUGGACAGUCCAGUAUAAACCCCACCGUUAAUGCACUAUUAUUGCGUCAAUGACACGUUGCAGAAUAUGCCCAACAAAAACCUAGCCUUCCCCCCCCCCCGUAGGGGCCCUUAGUUACGUGGAAUCCAGUUCAAAUUAACCCCGUUUAGUUUUUGUAGCAAAUUACCUCAAAACAAAAAGAAGUGCACAACUCUUAGAGCUUAUGGGACUUGCACACAAGCAUAUUGUUCUGUUGAUUUCAAUAAUACUUUAAGUGCAGCUAUUACUUGUCUAAGGGACUUAACCAAAGGACUAAACAGCUGCAGUUCUUUCUUGGUGCUGUGCCCCAGCACUGCACAGGGUUUAAAAGCAGCACCAGGACCCUGCCUGCUGGUCAGGCUUCCCAGAGUAAAACAAAAAAACAGUUCCAGGAGAACUUUGCCACUUGCUGGCGUGGGGGUGGGGAGCAGGGAAGGCACUAUGGUGAUCCCAGCAUUUUGCCCUGCUUGCUUCAACCCCCCCCCAUCCUAUUGAUUUAGUGUGACAAUCGUUCUUUGGAUGGGGGUCCAAUUUCAUUAUAGGAGAGGAGGAUUCUCUGAAAAGAUUUUUUUAUUUCAGCACUACCAAAAUAGAUUAAACAUGAAAACAAGUAUACAGUUUUCUAUUUCAAAAAUAGACGUUAUCUCCCCAAAAGAUAAGUUUUUGUAAAAGAGGGAUGUGCAGGCUUUGGAGGAGGGUGUUUUAAAGUGGGGAAAUGCAUUUCAGAUCCAAUUUUUGUGUUGCCUUCAUCAUAGACUCCCAGCCGCCCUUCCUGCUGCAGACUUUUGCUUGCUUGUUUUUACAGUUCAACACUCUCCAGCUCAUUCUUCUGUGCUGGAGGAAGAAGUCUCAGUUAACUCCUAACUCCAGUUUCUUCCAGCAGGAGAAGAAAAAAAUGCAUCAGGCAAGAAAUCCAGAGCCACUGAGUGUACAACCCUCUGUAUAAUAACGAGCUGUUUAAUUGCACUACUGCAGCUUCAGUUGCCAAUAUGAGUGCAGAAUCAUACAAACAAAGAUUCUGGUUGCUCUGAGGAGAAUAGGGAGCAACAAGCAAUCAGUUGCAAUGCAGACAAUUCCUAGUUAGGUCAUCCUGCAAAUCUGUGCCACUUGUGUCAUGAAAAUUGGGCACAGUGGGUUGGCUGACUUUGAAAGCAAUAAAGCAGAGGUAAGGAACUGGAUCUGGUCAGGUCAUUACUUUCCCCAUCCACCACCUGUAGCCACUUGUCAAUCAACUGAUGUCAUAAUGACAUCAGGUGAUUUUAAUUUUUUUUGCCUGCAUGGUUUGGAUGCACAGCCCACAAAGUGCCUUUCAGAGCACAUUGCAAGACCUGACAAUCAGCUGGCAUUUGGAUCUUGCAGGGCGCUUUGCAGCUGGCCUAGGUGUUCCCCAAAUCCGACAUCUCAGAGCAGAGUCCUUCUCCUACACUGCUUGCCACUUAUUCAACUCGCUCCAUCUCCUGACCUCAGAUGUCAUUCAUUCCCCCAUGCAUUGGUUGCCACUGAUGCAGGGAAAUGCACAUUAUAAGGACAGUAGGAGAAAAUGGAAUACAUGUUGUGGAAGAGGUUGACGGGGUGUUCUUUGCUAUAUGUCACUUUUCCCUUAAAUGUCCUUCCACUCCCAGCAACUGACAAGUUCUGUACAGGCGCUGUACAGAAAGAAGAGUUUACGGCUAUUUUUAUGUAAAACCCUGAAGAGAAGAGUUUAUAUGACAUGCUGAGAAGGCCCCUGGGGACUUAGCUUUGGCAAUUAUAAAAAUGAACUUUCUGUUGUUGCAAGCAUGUACAGAGGAAUGUUUUUAUAAGCCAUAAUAACAACAAUAAAAAGCAGCUUCCCCAAAUGCCAGUGAGAUGUGCUGAAAAUA